ACUUUCCCUUGAGCUUGACAUCAACUUCUGCACAAGACUGAAUCAGAUGACGACUCUCCUGUCCACGAUGAUGUCGCAUGGCUUCAAGAGCAGUAAGCAAGAUUUCACUUUUGGUCCAUGGAAAGUGACUGCUGCCAAAAACCACAUCAUGAAAUCUAAAGACAUCGAAAGGUUAGGGGAGGAGAUGAACAUGCCUUCUCUCCCAGAGAUGUUGUUUGGAGACAACAUCCUGCGCAUCCAACACACAGAUGGUUACGGCAUCGAAUUCAACGCCAUCGAUGCUCUGAAGAGAGUCAACAACAUGGAGGACACUGUCAAGGUGGCCUGUGCUCAGGAAUGGCAGGAGAGCAGAGCUGAUUCAGAACACUCCAAAGAAGUGGUGAGACCUUUUGACUGGACAUACACCACUGACUACAGAGGGACUCUGAUAGGAGAAGGUCUGCAGAUAAAGGUGACAGAGACGGCGGAGCGUAUUGACAUAGAGAAGCUGAAAGCUCGUGAACACAUCAUGUUUUUUGAUGAGGUGCUGCUGUUUGAAGAUGAGCUACAUGACCACGGCGUCUCCCAGAUAAGCGUCAAAAUUUUCCUGAAGUCCGAGGCUGACCUGGACUACAUCGAGAGGAGGCUGAAGCUGGAAUUCAUCAACAGCGCUGCAGAGAACGGAUCUUCUUCUGAGGAGAACGUGGCAGUGAUGCUGGAAAACCUGAAGGCAAUCAAGUCCAAACACUCGAUGCUGUGUUCUGAGGCGAGGGCGAUUCAAGCUGCACAGAAGGAGUCCAUGGAGUCCAUCAGGCACAACGUCAGGAGCGUCAUGGAGCUGAUCAGAGUCUGCCAUCAGACUUCUGAUAUAGAGGUUGUUUCCCUGACGGAGUUGGAGCAGGAGUCUGCAGCGCUGCUGGGUUCAGAGAGGUCUCCUGAGACAGCAGCUCCUGAUGAACAGCAACCAGAAAAAAGAGCUGAGGAUGAAGAGCUGAGUGCUGCCAUGUUGGAAACGGUUCCUCUCAGCAUGCGGUCCAACGUGAAACUGGCUGACUUGAAAGCCUUCUACCAGCAGCUGCAGCAGCAUCUGAGCAGCAGCAGCAGCAAGUCGCUCAGCCUGCAGAAGAUGAAGCAGUUGAAGAUGAACGUUAGCGAUGCCAAGUUGAAGGUCCUGCAGCACCUCAGACUGGUGGAGCUGGACGGGAGAGGCCACGUCUGCCUGGUGGUUUGAAGACGAUUUAACUGAAGAAGAUUGUCAGAUGAUGAAGAUGGAAGAACUUUUUUCAUCCUUCUGUCCUGCUUUAAUUUAGCCUCCAGAGUUCUUCUGGUCAUUGAUGAAACUGCAGCCUCACCGAGUACAAAGUCCCACCGCUCCACCUUGAGAUGUCAGCAGGCGACUCCAGUUUCAGAUCAGCUGUAACUCCAGAGUAUUGAAACGUCUUUUCUUUCUGUAAACUAUUGUAAUAAUAAAUAUUUUUUUCUAAAAUAUCUGGAACUAAAUCAGAGUAAGUUAACCCUUUUGUUUUUUCUGCCUUCUGAAAUGACAUACCCAAAAUAAAAUAAGUAUAUCUUCACAACAACUUCAGA